AUGAUGCACGUCUCUGUCGACAAUGUCUCUUACCGAUCCAACCAGGCAACCCAGAGGGAUCCUCAAGAGCCCGGCGCAUCGACCCCAAAUGGUAGAACAGAUGACCAAGAUAGCAUGUUUAACAUCCGAUCCGGCGCAAUCAUUUCCUAUCAGCUCACUACUGCGGUGCAAAGUCUGGAGCCCGGCAGAGGGCAAGCCAAGUGGAGUGCUCCCAACCAGACGGGCCCUCCUCGAAGCCUGGAAGGUGGUCGACCCAGAUGGUCUUCCGAGUUCCGGUCGAUGGUCACAUUUGGGGCUGCCUGGCCCAACCCCUCGUUCUGCCUGUCGCUUACGUACAUGGUAUAG